AAAUUGAUGGCGCUGAAGUUCCCGGAUGCAACCGAAUUCGGCAGUGUUGGUUCGUGUCCGUGUUUAUGGUGGCCUGCGCCGCAAUUUUUCGUGAUAAAUGUAAUAAGCGGGAUUUAUUCGGCUUCCUUUUUUAGCAAGUUAUACAUCAUGAACAUCAAAGAACUAGACCUCUACUGAAUCUCAUGGAAGAUCUCCAAACGUGGUGGGAGAUUCCGAGUAUUGCCCAUUUUUGUUCCUUGUUUCGGGCAGCUUUCAACCUCCUUGAUUUUGAUAUAGAGGACUUGGAGCAGGGCCUGUUGGCGGAGCGAGACGAGUCGCCGCUGCUGCAGCAGCUGCUGGUGCGCCUGCUGCAGGGAUGCCUCCCAGAGUAUGACGUCUCCGUGCACAACUGGCAGCACUACCUGAGGCGACUGCUCAAGUUCAAGUGCUUGGAGGACCCCACCAUCGCCAACCCGCUGGGUGAGACGGGCGACUUUUAUGACCUGUCGCUGCGCACACGCGUCACCGUCCUCCAACUGCUCUGCGACCUGCGUUUGGAGGCAGAGGACGUGAUCGACCUUCUCAAGAACCUUGAGGCGGACAGCCUGCGAGUCGAGCCUUUGGGUCACGACGACUGCGGUGCCACCUAUUGGUAUUUUUAUGGAACUCGCCUCUAUAAAGAGAGCGGCGGGGACGAGAGCGCCGGCCGGCCGGGCUGGCAGUGCGUCUGUGUGUCGGCCGAUGACUGGCGGGCGCUGGCCGACUCGUACAGCGGCUCCCGGUCGCCGCUCGAGCUCGAACUCUACCACACUCUGAAGGAGGACUUCCUGCCGGAGAUACCGCGGCUCUUCGCGCAGAAACAGAAACUGCAGAAGAAGCGCCAGCUGGAGAUGGGCCCGCGACGGCAGUCGUCUCGAGGAAGGACGGCCGACCCCGCCUCGCCCGAGUCUGCGCCGUCGCCCACGCCGCCGCCGGCCGCCCCCGCCCCCGCCCCGCCGGUCACGCUGGCCCAGAAGGCUGGCAAGGGCAUCCGUAAGGGCAAGGACUCACCGGCCGAGUCGCCCCGCAGGGAGAAAUCCGACGUCAAAAAGCCGCCCGCGUCGCCAUCCGUCUCCAAACGAGACAGGAAUGAGAUUAAAGAAUCUUCGGGGUCGGCGAAGAAGGAUAAAGAUUCAAAGAAAGCUGCAGCUAAACUCAAAGAAGAUGUUAAAAAGUCACCCGUCUCAGCAUCGCCCAAGCGAGAUAAGUCCUCCGCAAAGAAGGCAAAGAAAGAGGAUAUUGACGAUAGUAAUGUUGCGGUGGAUGUUAAAUCCUCGGCUGCUUCUAAGAAGCAAGAUAAAUCUGAGGCAAAGAAGCCAGUUGCACCGGAGAAGUCUGUGCCUAGCAAGAAGCAUGAUAAGUCUGCGAAACGAGACAAGAGCGACUCCAAGAAGCCUGUGGUACCAUCUCCGAAGCAGUCGAAGGGCGACUCCCGACGGCCGUCUCUGGUCAGCCAGGCGUCUCUGGACUCCUCCCUGUCAGACGCGGUGACUCCCACCGCCCCCGCUGCCGCCGCGGCGCGGCCGACAUCCGGGAGCAAACGGUCGCGGCCCGACCAGCCGGAGAAGCCCAAGAAGCGGCCCAAGGAGGAGAUGGUGGAGGUGGACUCCGAGGAGGAGAGGGAGGCAGAGCGGGUGCGGCGUGACAAGGAGAGAGCCGAGCUGGAGAUGGCAGAGCGGGAGAAGGAAGAGGCCUUCAUUCGUCGCGCGAUCGCCAUGAUCGAGGCCCGCGAGGUGGGCGCUGCCGGCGGGGACCGGCGCCGCGGCCGGGACUCGCGUCGACGCUCCACCAGCAGCGGCGGAGGGGGCAGCGCCGGCGGCGGACAGAAGACCACCUCGGACCGGCGCCGUCCGCGGCGGAAAGAGCCGCGGGCGCCGCCGCCCGCGCCCGCCCCGGCCCCGGAGCCGCCGCCGGCGCCCGCCAGACCGCCAGUGCCCACCAAAGCGUCGCGAAAGUACAUCAGUGACAGUCUGUCUGAGAGUGAGAGUGCGAAGGAGAACAAACUGGUGCGUCCGCCGCCGCCGCCGAUAUCCGACUCUGACGACUCGGACGCGCCGGCGCCGGUGAAAUCGGCGGCGCGGAAGGCGAGCCGGCCGCGCAAACAGCCGCAGAAGAAGAAGCCGGCCGGGUCCGACUCAGACGGGGAGGACGACCGGCGGCCGCCGCGCGACCCGCUGCGGGACGACUCGAACGCUGCGGCUGCGGGCGGCGAGCGGCGCUUCGUGGGCCGGCGCACCAACAACUCGCUGGGCUCGCUGACGGAGCCGCUGUCGGCGCUGCCGGAGCCGGAGUCGGAGGAGGCGCCGGCCAGCAGUGCUCCGCCGCCCACCCCCGCCACCGGGAAGAUACGGAGCUCGGCCAGCGUGCUCCACACGGACGAGGAGCUGCGCGUGGGCAUGUACAAGGCGCUGGAGGCGGUCAAGGCGCACGAGGAGGCCUGGCCGUUCCUGGACCCGGUCGAGGAGGAGUACGCGCCCAAUUACUACGCCGUCAUCCGCCGGCCGAUGGACCUCAACAAGCUGGAGAGCAGGCUCGACGCCGGCGUCUACCAGACGCGCGAGGCGUUCGAGGCCGACUUCAAGCUGAUUGUCGACAACUGCAAACUCUACAACGGCCUGGAGAACGAGUACACGGAGAUGGUGGUGAACAUUGAGCGCGAGUUCCGUAAGGCCGUCCACAAGUACCUGGAUAUUGAGGAGGAGGAUGGCGAGGAGAUACUUAUCGACGUCUCCCAGGUGCAGUCCAAGCAGAGGCGCAACUCGCGCUCGCCACGACCGGCCACCUUAGCCGUCGGCAAGAAACGGGGCCGGAAACCCAAGGCGGCGGCCGGAGACGGCGUCGGUAAGGGCCGCGGAAGGAAGAAGAAGCAGCAGAUGUUUAUUGAUUACAGUGAUGACGAGCUGCUGAGCUCUCCGCGGUCCAAGCCGCCGACAGCAGAGGAUACGGAGAGAUUGUUUGAUGAUCUGUUAAAGACCACCUCGUCGCCGCCGCGCGUCUCUACACCGCCGAGAGCGGCUGAGGAUCUGUCAAAGAAGAAGAAAAAGAGCAAGAGCCGCCCGCCGCCGCCGGCGCCCGAGCCUGAGCCGGAGCCGGCUGAACCGCCGCCAGAGAAGGUCAAAAAGCCGUCCAAGGCUACCAAACGCGGCAGCAGCGGCGGUGCGGCGGCCGCCAAGCGGGCGGCCGAGCGGCAGCAGUCCAAGCCGAUAGACAGCGACGUCUCUGACAUGGACGACGACUCGUUCCACGACGGCCUGGCCGAGAUGAGCUCUCGGCGGCGCGGCCGCACCGCCGCGCCCCCGUCCCCGGCAGCACCGGCGCCGCCCCCGUCACCCCCGCCGCCGCCGCCACCGCCGGCCGCCGCUGAGUCGGACGACGACGAUGAUGAUGAUGAUAGCGAGAGCGGUUCGCCCAAGAAAAUCAUCGCCCAGGGUCGCAUUUUCGCAUCCAAGAUGAGACGGAAGAAGGCUGCCGAGCGGCAAACUGCCCCCGUUAAACCGACGCCGCCCAAACCUCCCACGCCCAAGGCGGCGCCGCCGAAACCGUCGUCCCCGAAAGUGGCGCCGCCCCCGCCCAAGCCGGCCCGCCAGCCGUCGCCGGAGAAACAGCAGGCAAAGCGGGAGCGUAGUCGGCAUCGGUCCGAUUCCGAGGAGCCCGACCGGCCGGGGACCAAGAACAAGGACAAGGGUAGCAAGCGGUCGAGGUCGCAGAGCAAGGACAAGAAGGACAGUAAGCGGAAGAAGAGGAAAACGCACGGGAAGGAGAAGAGGAGUCACUCGCAGGCCAGCCCGGAGAAGGAUGAAGAUGAAUUAGUGGCUCCAGCCAGCCCCCGCCCGGCCACGCCUCCGUCACCGGCCCGCUCGCCGCCGCCGCGGAGCGCCGAGCCAGAGCUGGACGAUGACGAGUACGCCACGCUGCCCGAGCCACUGCCCGAGAGGCGCCGCUCCGAGUCUGGCUCCGACGCCGAGGACGAGCUGAAACCCAAGGAGAAACGCCGAGACCGCAUUCGACCGCAGGACAUCAUGCGACAGAAGAACGCAUCGAUGAAGGAGAGUUCUGACAGCAAACAGGCCAGCAAGCCGAAACCGCUCUUCAACAGUAGAUCCAUCUCUAAAGAGGAGAACGCGAAGCUAGGCGAGUUAAUAUCGCGGGUGCGUGAGUCGCGCGGUGGCGGUGCCACGCUGCUGUCCAACGGGCCGGGACUGACGAUGGGGAAAGUGCUGGGAGGGCUCUCGGACAGGGACAAGUCGGGAGAGGAGGUCUGGGAGGAGCUGGUCGGUAAGCGGCUGAAGGCGGAGCCGACUCUGCCGUCCCGGCGGCGCAGUGCCGAGGAUGACGAGCCGCUCCGGCUCAUCGCCGAGCCGGAGGAGGGCCAGGAGCUGCCCGUGCUGAAGAAAACGGCCACUCCCAACCUGCGCGCGUGGUUCACCGCGUUCCGCUCCAAGAAGGACGCCGAGCCCACACCGCCGCCGACUCCGGCCCCCAAGGUGAAGAAGCCGCCUCCGACACCGCAGCGGGAGGAGACCAAGACGGUGAAGCCGCCGGCGACUCCCUCGGCGGCGUCCUCUUCGCCGAAGGAGGCAACAAAGAAGACGGAGGCGACGAAGGACUCCGUCAAGGAGAAAUCCCCUCCGGCCUCGCUGGCGUCGCCGGGGGCGUCUGCCUCGGCGUCCGCCGCCCGCGAGGAGCCUCCAAAGUCAGACUCGCCGUCGACGAGCAGUUGGAAGGCGCGCGCGGGCUCCCCACAGCCGCCCGGCCCGCCGCCCGAUUUCCAGUAUGAUGACGAUGAGUUGGAGAAGGCUCGUCUCCAGGUGAAGGCCCGCGAGGCGCAGCGACUGGAGAGCGAGAAGCGCCGGCUGGAGUCUGCCAACUCGCAGUCCCCGGCGCACCCGGACGCCAAGUCGCCGUUCUAUCAGACCAGCUCAGAGAGUGAGAAGUCGCCCAUGACGCCCGGUUACGGCGGCAUCGUCUCGCCGGCGAUGGACUAUCAAAAAUCGCCGGCGUUCUCGCCCAAACAGCCGCCGACGGCUCCGUUCUCGGACGCGACCAAGUACAACGGCGGCGUGAAGCCCGGCUUCUACCAGGAUAUGACACAGAAGACGGCCAGUCCGGACAAGUCGCCGUAUCGCCGUCCGGGCUCCGUGGCCAGCACCCACUCCCCGGCGUCGGUGGCGGGCAGUCCCGCCUACCAGCCCAACAGCCCGCAGGUGGGUCCGGCCGCCGCCGCCGCCGCCUUCUCCGGGUACUACGGCGGGGCGCACAAGGAGCUGGGGGCCAGCGCGGCGGCCAAGUCGGCCGGCCAGCUCAUGUCGCCGCCGAGCCGGCCGGCGGGCCCGGGCCGCGUGGCGCCCACCCUGCCCAGUCCGGACCCGGCGGCGCUGCUGCACGGCCGAACGACCGCCGACGAUAAGCCCGGCUUCCCGUUCAAGAAGCGGGUGCAGGCCGACCUGGCGCUGGGCGGCGGUCAGGUGUACCAGCCGCAGUCUGCCGCCGCGCAGACACCCUACCAGCAAAACCAGCAGCCCACCCAGCAGCAGGCGCACAGCAAGUCGCAGCUGCCGACCGCCGCCGCCUACCAGCAGCUGCCCGGGAACCUGGGCAAUAUCUCCCAGCUGGUGACACGGUUACCGCAGCAGCAGCAGCAGCAGCACCAACAGCAGCAGCAGGAGGCUCGGGAGAAGCAGGAGGCGGUAGCGGCAGCUGCCGCCGCGGCGCAGAAAGAAGCAGCUGCGGCGGCUGAGGCGGCGGCCGCCCGGCAGCUACUGCAGCGGCAAAAGGGCCAGCAGCUGGAGGCGCAGGUGCGGCUGAUCCAGGAGCAGAAGCAGAAGCAGCAGAAGCAGAUGGCCGGCGAGCGGCAGCAGGCCGAGAAGCAGCAGCAGCAGGCCAGCAAGGCUGUCGAGCAGCUGCAGCAGCAGCAGCAGCAGGCCGUCUCUACCGCCGGCAUGUCGCCCAACAGCUGGAGCGCCAACUCCGUCUCCUACUUCAAACAGAUGGCCAGUCCGCACAUGCAGCUUUACCACCAGCAGCAGACGAUGAAGGCGUUCCAGCAGCACCAGCAGCAGCAGCAACAACAGCAGGAACAGCAGCAGCAGCAGCAGCAGCAGCCGCAGGCGCACCAGCACCAGACGCAGCCGCAGCAGCAGCAGCAGAGCGGCGCCGACGGCGGCGGGAAGGCCUCGGGCGGCGGGAAGACGCCGGCCGUCACCACCAGCUCGUCGUCGGGUCUGAACCUGGGCGGGCUGGGCGGCCUGGUACCCGGCGCCGGCUACAACCCGCUGCUGCCGUCCAGCUUCCAGGCGUCGCUGGGCGGCGGCACGUACCCGUACCUGGGCCUGGGCCAGUCGCGCUCGCCGCAGCCGGCGCACCAGAACUUCAACCAGGCGCACGCGUCGCUGUCGCAGAUGGGCGGCCAGGCGCGCGCGGCGGCCGGCUCUCCACACAGCUCGCAGGCCUCCUCGUUGCUGACGCCGUCACCGUUCGGCGCGGCGGCGCGCGGCCACCCGCUGAGCUCGGAGACCAUGUACCAGCAGUACUACCGGCAGCAGGAGGAGCUGCUGCUGCACCACCAGGCCGGCGCCGCCAUGGCCAUGGCCAUGGGCGCGGCGGCCGGCGGCUAUCCGCCCGGCUACCCGCACCUCUCGUCGCUGCGCCAGGCGCCCGGCUUCCAGCCGCCGGGGGGCGUGUCGCGCUCGCCGUUCUUCUAGCGCCGCUGCCCGGCCCGGCCGGCGCCGUACAACUACCUGUGAUACACCGCGGCGUCGUCGUCGCCGCCGUCGUCGUCGUUUUCGUCGUUUUUAUUUGUGUCCACUGUUGGUUCGCGGAGUGCCGCGAGCGUGUCAUAAUCAGGUUCGGCCACUCGUCGGGGGCGAGGCGAGAUGAUUUAUCCAGGGAGGCUCUAUGGGCGCAGUGAGCGGGUCUUCCCUGUCCCAAGUGCGUUGUGCAUACAUAUAGUGUUUAGCAGAAGACGUGUGGAGCUUGUAUAUUGGUGGAAGCGUUUAUGUGUGUGUCUGUGUGCGCGUGUGCGCAGAAGAACCAGUAGUUUGGUAUGUGGUCCGUGUUGUCCGCCCGGUUGUUUUAGAUCAGUAUUGAGCUGUUUUACCGGCGCACGAUUCUGUUCGGUUGGGUAGUGUGGACCGGCGCGCCUCUGCCGGUCGCCGGAGGCACUCACUCGCGGUCCGCGCGCGUGCACCGACCAUGUUUAAAACCGACUCGACUCAUGAGUGCGUGCGAUCAUCCCCAUUGAGCGGUGUGAGUGGGGCGGCGGCCGGGCGCGCGCUGCCGGCCGGCCGGCCGCCGGUCGGUCUGUCCGCACGGGUAGAUCUCAUUGUCCCUGCCGGCGGCGACUCCGCGCAGAGCCUCCACCGCCACCGUGUACAUAUGCGGCCGAUAUAUGCAACUGACAAAACUGUGCCGUCGUCAAGAGGUUUUUUACGAUGUUAUGUACGCAUAUAAAGCCAAUAUGUGUAGAGGCCAUUUGUUUUUGUCGUGGCGGAGCCCGAGCGCGGUGCACUCGUCUCGCGUUGUUUUAGUGUUUUGUUCGGCGCGACGCGCGUUCAAGCCUGUGGCUCCUCUCUGUUCUCAGUCAGACGUUUAUUACAUCUAGCAUCACAGUUGGUUGCACAUUCGCUAUAUGUUUUCGCAAUAAAAUCUCGCUACAUGCC